UCAAGGGACAUAGAGAUAGAUAGGUACUUUGACUCAGUUUCCUCACCUCUGUUAUGCCACCCAUUGGACACGGCAUAACCCUGUCCUCCUCCUGCCUGUCUUCCUCCUGCCUGUCUUCCUCCUGCCUGUCUUCCUCCUGCCUGUCUUCCUCCUGCCUGAGAUCAGUGACCCCCCUGAUGGGAGUCCAGGAGAACCCAGCCUCUCCGGCUCAGUUUUAGCAGCACAAUGGAGCCUGUUCUUCAGGGGAUAGUACAGCAUGGACAAUUCCGGCAAUAUUCGAAGCCUCAGCCAGGAGAAAGUGGAGAAAUGCAUGAACUCCAUGCAGACAGGGACCCAGAUGGUGAAGCUCCGGGGCGGCUCCAGAGGACUGGUGCGCUACUUUUACCUGGACCAACACAAGUCCUGCAUCCGUUGGCGGCCCUCGCGCAAGAACGAGAAGGCCAAGAUCUCCAUCGACUCCAUCCGAGAGGUGUGCGAGGGUAAGCAGUCUGAGAUCUUCCAGCGCUACUCUGAGGGCAGCUUUGAUCCCAACUGCUGUUUCAGCCUGUACUAUGGGGAGCGCUUGGAGUCCCUGGACUUGGUCUCCAGUACGGGCGAGGAAGCACGCACCUGGAUCACCGGCCUCAAGUACCUGGUGGCAGGCAUCAGCGACGAGGACAGCCUGGCCAAGAGGCAGCGCACCCGUGACCAGUGGCUGAAGCAGACGUUUACGGAGGCAGAUAAGAACGGUGAUGGAAGCCUGAGCAUCAGCGAGGUCUUGCACCUCCUACACAAGCUGAACGUCAACCUGCCCCGCCAGAAAGUCAAGCAAAUGUUUAAGGAGGCAGACACUGAUGACAACCAGGGCACCCUGGGCUUUGAGGAGUUCUGUUCCUUCUACAAGAUGAUGUCGACACGCCGUGACCUCUACCUGCUCAUGCUCACCUACAGCAACCACAUGGACCACCUUGACACCAGCAACCUGGCCCGCUUCCUGGAGCUGGACCAGAAGAUGACGAAGGUGACCAAAGACCAUUGCAUUGAGAUUGUGAACAAAUUUGAGCCUUGCCCCGAGAACCAGAAGCAAGGGGUUCUGGGUAUUGAUGGUUUCACCAGCUACAUGCGUAGCCCGGAGGGGGACAUUUUCAACCCAGAGCACAACGUGGUGACCCAGGACAUGUCUCAGCCGCUCUGCAACUACUUCAUCGCCUCGUCCCACAACACCUACCUGAUGGGGGACCAGCUCAUGUCCCAGUCCCGCCUCGACAUGUACGCCUGGGUGCUGCAGGCCGGCUGCCGCUGCGUGGAAGUGGACUGCUGGGACGGGCAGGACGGCGAGCCCAUCGUGCACCACGGCUAUACUCUCACCUCCAAGAUCCUCUUCAAAGACGUCAUCGAGACCAUCAACAAGUACGCCUUUGUGAAGAACGACUACCCAGUGAUCCUGUCCAUUGAGAACCACUGCAGCGUCCCCCAGCAGAAGAAGAUGGCCCAGUACCUGGUGGAGGUGAUGGGAGACAAGCUGGACCUCUCAGCCAUCAAGGCAGAUGAACUGGGCCGCCUGCCCUCCCCAGACACCCUCAAAGGGAAGAUCCUCAUCAAGGGAAAGAAACUCCCGUCGAACAUUGACGAAGACAACGAAGAGGGGGACGUGACGGAUGAAGACAGCGCUGACGAGAUGGAGGACGACUGCAAACUGAUAAAUGGCGAUACGUCCAUGACCAGGAAGCAGGUGGAGAACGUGGCUAAGAAGAAGCUGGACAACCUGAUGAAGGAGUCUAAGAUCCGUGACCAGGAGGACCCCGACAGCUUCACCCUCGCUGCUCAGCCCCCAUCAGGAAAGACCACCGACAAGUCACCCUCCAAGUGUAAAGGUGAUGAUGGUGCAGAAAUAGGGGACGAAGCCAACCCCAGCACUAACAAGCGUCUGGGUAGGACCUUCAUGGGCAGCUUCUCUAAACGCAAGAAAAAGGCUGUCAAGCUGAAGAAGACCAACAGCCUUGAAGACAUCGACACAGACCAGGAGAGCACCAGCAGCGCCACCCGGGCCCCCCUGCAUCACAGCAGGAAGAAGACCAUGAAGCUGACCAGGGCUCUGUCAGACCUGGUCAAAUACACCAAGUCAGUGGGCGUCUCCGACAUAGAGAAGCAAGCCGCCAGCUCCAGUUGGCAGGUGUCUUCUCUGAGCGAGACCAAGGCCCACCAGAUCAUGCAGCAGAAGGCUGACACCUUCAUCCACUUCAACCAGCGGCAGCUCUCGCGCGUCUACCCCUCCUCCUACCGUGUGGACUCUUCCAACUUCAAUCCCCAGCCCUUCUGGAAUGCUGGAUGCCACCUGGUGGCGUUGAACUACCAGUCAGAGGGGAGAGUUCUCCAGCUGAACAGAGCCAAGUUCAACAGCAACGGCAACUGUGGCUUCAUCCUGAAGCCGGCCUGUAUGUGUGAAGGUGCCUUUAACCCCAUGAUAGAGGAUCCAUUUCCAGGGCAGAUGAAGAAACAACUGGUGCUGAAGAUCAUCAGUGGGCAACAGCUCCCAAAGCCCAAAGACUCUAUGCUGGGGGACAGAGGAGAGAUUAUUGACCCCUUUGUGGAGGUGGAGAUCAUUGGUCUACCAGUGGACUGCUGUAAGGGACAGACCAGGGUGGUGGAUGACAAUGGCUUUAACCCCAUGUGGGAGGAGACGCUGGUGUUCACGCUGCACAUGCCCGAGCUGGCGCUGGUACGUUUCCUGGUGUGGGACCAUGACCCUAUUGGCCAGGACUUCAUUGGCCAGCGCACCAUCGCCUUCAACAGCAUGAUACCAGGUGUCUACCUACAUCCUCCUUCAAUCCAGCACACCCCAACCACUACUGUUCUGUUGUCGGACACUCAACUGGCCUGUUAG